AGUAGCUUCUGGGCAUCGAACAAGGGCUACCUACGGAGCGAUCGGAGGCUACGCACGUUAGUCGGAAAGUAUGGCACACUCGGACUCGUGGUUCGGUCCCAAUGAGACGUGGCUUCGACGGCAUCUGGCUACGCCGUGAGUUCCAUGCGGAUUUUGGUGUUUCAAACGCCAAAGCUGACGUAUGUCCAGACAUUGGAGUUUUUGCUGCGAGAGACUUCUGAACAGAAAGUGGAUCUGGCCAUUUUGCCCGAGUUUGCACUUGAACAUCCCGCACAAUGCAGCAACCAAUCGGAACUUUCGUACGACAACGUGUCCAUUAUGAUGCUUUCGCGUGUGGCGAAGCAUCGACAAAUGUUUGUGGUGCUCGGGAGUGUGGAGGAGCGUCAACCUACAGGGGUGUUUGACACCUGUGUGGUGUUCAACCGGUCUGGAGAGAUCAUUCUACAAUACCGGAAACAUGGCUCGGAUCGAAACUCCUUUGAGACUGAAUAUGGUACAGUGGGAGUUUUGCUGGGAGCUGAAGUGGAGGAUGAGAGGUGGUCCACGCUGUUGGCACUGUCACCGUCCCUGAUCUUGAAUCCCUGCAAUGCCCCUAUGGAACUGGACACUGCUCUAGCAAAAGCACACCCCGAGCUUCAAGUCGCCGCUUGGCACAAAGGCUUUCGGCGCACGGAAGCAUCGGUGCAAAGCCGUCUCCGCACAGUCUCUGGCCAUGGCGGCCCUGGUUGCGUCUUCAUUCGUUCAGAUGCACCUCUGCGGCAGGGUGGCGCUGGCUUGUCGAUGUUGGUAGAGGCCAAUCGAUCAGUGCUGGCACCAAGCUGGGGAGCGUGUUUUUUCUUGCUGGAAAUUGGAGUUGGUGCACGCAAGUUGCCCAAGUGGCGAACGUUGACCGUGGAUGAACUCAUCAAGGCCGCUUCACAGGAUCGUGAGAUUUUGAAGUGUGACACGGUCGAAGUGGGACCACGCUAUCGAGUUUGGACCCUGCGUACACCAACAUUGGCAAAAGCUGCUAUGAUCCAACGAGCUGAGUGGAGCAGCCUUUGGCUUGAGCCCGAGACUGAGGCUCUUCCUGCCAAACUGGUACAUCUGUCUUCGUGUUUUUUGUGGCCCAUCCUAACCCGAGAUGGGCGACAAGUCUAUGUGGUGGCCGAGAGCAGUCCUCCCAUCAUCACCCUUUGGGAUUUGCGUCAUCGUCGAGAGUGGCAAAGCUUUGAAAGUGACGCCUUUGCCGAGAUUACGGCGCUGGGAGCAGGGCCAACCUAUGCGCAGUUCGCGGUCGCUGGGCACACGGAGGCUGGUCUCUUGAUCCAACUCUACGAAGAGAAGCGGCUAAUCCAAGAUUUUUCGAUCGCAUGGGAGGAUUUCCCAUUCAAUGAAUGGAGAGUCUUCCCGGAGCUACUGCUUGAAAGAGGGGAUGAAGAUGAGCACAUCGGGAUCAAGCGAGAUGAUCUCGAGUUUCACCGAGCAGAAACUUCAAACUUUUUCCGUUUUGACACCGAAGAUGACGAGGAAAAAGUGUUUCAAGAGAGAUCUGUGAAGAUCCGCCGGAUCUUUUGGAACAGUCCACUUCAGGUGGUGGCGAUUGCAGAUUCUGAGAAUCUGGAAAAACCUGAAGUUCUUUUGUUGCUUGACUUGGACAAUGGAUCUUUGAAGAUCGUGGACAUCUACUGUGAUGGUCCACCAAAGCUGGAUAUCAUUCCAGAGCACGUGGAAACCGUGGAAUCUGUGUCUCUUCCGACCGGGACCACAAACACAACCACAGAUGAGGUCCAAAGUGAGGCCUCCGCUGAGCUAGAUGAGGCUUCGACAGAGAGAAAUCGGAAGAUCGACAAAAUCAUUUCUGUGAUGGCUUUUGAGAAACAGAAAUUCCCAGAGCUGCGCAAUCUGCAAAGUGGCUUGGUUUGUUUAUGGAGGAGCGAUCGACUGUGUAUUGUGACGUAUGGAGAUUGGAGAGUUUAUGAUCAAAUUUUGGUGGAACGAGAGAAACAUGAGAAGGAGAGAUGGACCGAUCGAGACAUACCACUUUGUGCCUCAAUUCUACCAGAACCGUCGUCCACGACCUCUGGAGGCUGUAGUUUGUUGGCCUCAUAUGCCUCGAUGAUCAUCCGCUGGUGGCGUGUGUCAUUAAAAAGUUGCUUUCAGCAAGCAUGUGUGGUUCUGAGCUCUCCAGUGUAUUCUUUGAGUUUGCUCUCUUGUGAUGGACCCACCACAUCGCUCGCCGCGCGCUCGCUGGAGAGCUCCCGAAUGGUGGCCUUCGGGUCGACGAGUGAGAAGAACACGCGCACGUCUUCCAUCGGAACACAUAGCCAGCGUGGCAGCCAGUUACACAGCCAGUCACUUCAGGGACGCAUCCAAGGCUCACUGAACUCCAGACUGUCGAUCAGUGAUCCAAAAGUCACGACUUCACUGGAAGGCUUGGCGGAAAGUCCUGCUACGAUCUUGAUUUCGGCAGUUGACCGAACUGGCGCAAUGACGAUCUUCUUGGGCAAGGGCUCAACCUUGACAAAAGUUUACACUUGCUCGGACUUGUCGUGGAGCCCAUCUACAAGUGUCGACUGUGUUUGGAUGAUGGAGACGCAUGUGGCUCUUCUGCAGCGAAAUGGCGAUGUGAGACACAUCGAGUUUGACCUCAAUGGGGAGCUGAUGCGGCUCAGUGACCUCUUCACAGAAAGAGAGGAGUCCUGCGAGGGAUCUUUACAGCAAAGUGCAUAAAUGGCAUAACUGCUUGAAAUCCAACAAAGAGUACGAACUCUUACUUGUUUGUACUUGUUUCUUCACAUGACAUCAACAUUA